UGCUUUCACGCCCAUAGCAGCUAAACCUCUCCACUACCUGCAAAUCCAAACAAUACCGCAAUCAUGGCUCGUCAAUUCUUCGUCGGCGGCAACUUCAAGAUGAACGGAACCAUCAAGUCCAUCAAGGAGAUUCUUGGCCACUUGAGCCAGGCAAAGCUCGACCCCAACACUGAGGUCGUCGUCGCCCCACCAGCCCUCUACCUCCUCCUCGCCCGCGAGCACCUGCGCCCCGGCCUCGAAGUCGCCGCGCAAAACAUCUUCGACAAGCCCAGCGGCGCCUUCACCGGCGAGAUCUCCGCCGACCAGCUCAAGGACAGCGGCAUCACAUGGACGAUUCUCGGCCACUCUGAGCGCCGCACCAUCCUGAACGAGGACGACGCGUUUGUUGCGUCCAAGACCAAGGCGGCGCUGGACUGCGGGCUCGGCGUGAUUCUGUGCUGCGGUGAGAGUCUCGAGCAGCGCGAGGCAAACAAGACCAUCGAGGUUGUGACCAAGCAGCUCAAGGCGGUGGCGGACAAGGUCAAGGACUGGAGUAAGAUUGUCGUUGCUUACGAGCCUAUCUGGGCCAUUGGCACCGGCAAGGUCGCGACCACGGAGCAGGCACAGGAAGUCCACAAGGCGAUCCGCGAGUGGCUCCAGAAGGAGGUGUCCGCCGAGGCGGCAGAGAAGACGCGCAUCCUGUACGGCGGCAGCGUGUCGGAGAAGAACUGCAAUGAGCUGGCCAAGCAGCCCGACAUCGAUGGCUUCCUGGUCGGCGGUGCUAGCUUGAAGCCCGCGUUUGUCGACAUCAUCAAUGCUAAGCAGGCAUGAAUGCAUGGCGGUGAGGCAAGGUUGUAGACAUCGAUGCACGAAGACAUGACCCCAAGGCUAUUUCAAUAUAGAAGUCGAAUAUCACUCGGAAAGAGCGACAGUCUCAAGAUUUAGUUGUCAUGCUCAA